UGCUUUUGGCUGUGAUCAAAUUUACGAAAAAAAAAAAAAAUAAAUAAAAAAAAAAAAGCACCUAACAAAAAGCAAAAACCCUUUUGCAAUCAGCGAAUAGCUGAUAGCUUGUUUUUUUAUCGUUUGAUUUGUUUUAUAUGUACAGUAGGUGAAUAGUUUAACUGAAAACAUAUUGAAGAAGAAAUGAACUGAAGUGUUUUAUGUUUACAGAUUUCAUAUUGAAUUAAGUAGGUACUAAAAUUCGUUUCUAUGUGUUCGGAAAAAUGGACAUCUCGUACAGUACUACGUUGGAAUGGGAUUUUUGCACGGGGGUGCCUACAUUACAAGAUCUUACCAUACGCUCGAUUAUUCAAAAAUCGUGGCGUGAUGCGAUCAUUCAAAGACGUCAAUGUGCAAAAUUGGAUAAGCUUUUCAAUGGGAUGUAUGCACACAUCACGAUUGAUUCAAAGUUUCAAAACGUGAAGAUAUCUUGGAGUGAAACUAAGACGAAUAGACAGUUCGUCAACUCCACAACUUUAACAUCCUUAAGUGAGAAAAUCCAAAUGCGAAUGGAGCAGUAUGCUGAUAAACUUAAUGAAGAAUUUCACAUCUGGAAACAUCAUUUUGAUAACAUAAUCCGGUAUGUCUAUGUAGGCUUUAAGAAAUACGACCGUGUGGACAAUUUCUAUUAUUCAGAUGAUUUUAUAUACGACUCGUAUGGAAGCAUCGACUACACUGAAAUAACCAAGAAAAUGUGGACGUGCGAUGAAGUAGGAAAAGAACUGAGAUUCGGUUUCGCUUGUGAAUUUUGUUUCGAGCAUGAAAUCAAAGAGUUAUGGCCUUCAGUAGCGACGAAAUUACUGAUCAGCCGUUUAGAUGAAAAAAUAUGGAAUUAUUCGUUGUUAUGGUAUUGGGUUGCUUUAUUAACUAAUCAGCUUCAAAAAGUACCUGCUCAUUUUGGUAGCAGUCCUCAUGCAAUGUUUAUUAGAUUUUCAUUCACGAAAUCAGCGAAGGAGUUCUUCUGGAAACGUAUCACCGCAUUCGAUAAUAACCAGGUCGACCAAGUGAAAUGCAUUGGUAUAUGCUUUCUAAAUUGUAAAAAUCCUAUCGUACCAGUAGUAUUGUUGAAGUACUGGCUACCGAGAAUGAGCGAUGAAUUCCUCAAGUCCCUUAUAUCGCUAUAUGGUACGUAUAUAAUAACGUGCAUGUUGCCAAAAAUUCUUUGUCGCGAAUUCGUUUUGCCGUUUUGGCAGCGGACGUGCAACAUGUUCAAUGGCGAUCAAUUUGCUACAUUUUUUGUAGAAUUUAGUGAGACAGAAGAUGCACAUAUCAAAUCUAUAUGUGAACAAAUUUGGAAUAUCGCUCCGAUUGAAUUCAAAAAUCAUGCUUCGAAUUGUAUUGCAGCUAAAAUUGAAACUGAACGAAAGAAUUUCAGCAAUUCUUUGGGAAGAUUAAUUCUUUUAAAAUGUGGUAAACAAAAUCGAUGUACCUACUGACUAAGCACGGUAUACAAAUUAGAUUUUUAUUUAGGUGCAGGAAUAGGUACCUAUUUGUAAUUAUGUAUAUUUCCCGCCAAACUCUGAUGUUUCAAGAAUGUCCGAAUGCUGUCAAUAUUUCUCAUUACCUACUCAUUUUAGAAAAAUAAAAUAUUGUGAUCGAUGAAA